AUGGUCGACGUACAAAAACGAUAUCCUAUUAAAUCGUGGAAAAUGCAUGAUGAAACAAAAAUGGUUAAACAUCAGUUAUAUGAUGCUCAACUUCCCGAGGUUAAACCCAUUGGUGAACUUUGUGCAACAACAAAACAACGAGUUCCACGUCCAUCUAAGCGAGAUGGCUCUCAUUAUCUCCCAAGCAUAGCAAAUAGUAGUUCAACAGAAUCAUUUUUGGAGAAUAGCCAGAUUUCGUCGUCCACUACCCAACUACUGGAAACAUCAACCAAAUACAAUUCAGCAGUGCAGGAAGCAGCUAAACGGUUUAUACUACGUAACAAUAUGGCAAGACUAGCUCGAGAAGUUUCAUCGAUGAAUGCAACUGGUAGUUCUUAUUUGAAACGGAAAACGCUCUAUGAUCAUAUUCAACCAAAAAUUAAUACUGGCUUACCGCGUAUAACCGGUAAAAAUAUACGAGAAUCUGACAAUUAUAAAUUAGGACCUGCUCCUCCAGUAAAUUGGUUUGCAUUAAAAACAGGCAUCGAAAAAGAUGUACAUAUAAGUGAACAAACGAAACGUAUGGAAUUUGAUUCUGAUGACACACAUAAAGCAGAAUUAUUAAUAUUGGGAAAUCUCAUACGUUCAAAAGUUAAACAUUAUUUAUCAUCUAUCAAAGGUGGUAGUGCUCAACGAUAUAAAAUCGUUGUUCAUCUCACUGUUUUUCAAAAAAUUCCUGCUGGAUUACAUGUUGCAUCAAGAUGUCUAUGGGAUACACGUACGGAUAAUUCAGUAACAAUUAACAUGCAAGGAGUGGAUUGUGAUAUUUUAGUCGUUGUAUUUCUUUGUCAUACCGAUGUUGGAGGGAUUUAA